CUGCGCAGUACGAAUGGUCAGUUCCUCACCCGCCGCGCUCGGAGAGAGCGUUAGUUCAGCUCUGGGCGCAUGCGCCCUGUAACUGUAUGUCCGGCUUUGGCAGUUUGCGCGGGAGAUACGAACUGGCAGCUGCCUGAAAAGGGUUGGGGAUGACGCGGAGGAGCAAAAAAGCAGUAGAUUAUUCUCAGUUUGGAGAUGGCGAUGAUAGUGAUGAUGAAGACUUUACAAGUAUUGCUGCACCAUCACACAAAAAGUCAAAGCGGGAGACAAAGAAGAAAAAGGAACCACAAAAUAAACUCCCCAAAGAGGAAGUUCAGUUGCAGAAAAGAGCACCAAACAAAAGGGUUGCCUUGGAUGACAAGCUUUAUCAUAGAGAUUUAGAAGUUGCCUUAGCUCUGGCAGUGAAUGAACCAGCGUUAGGCACCUGCAAAGUAAAAGAUUCACAGGAGCAAGUCCUGCAUGAAAGCGCAAAUCGACGUGAUGGGACUGUAAAGGAUUCUCAACAAAGAACAGCAGCAUCCCAACAGAAGCCACUGAGUGAGAGUCAAGGUAGCGGAAGUUCUGCUCACAGCUAUGAGCCAGAAGCCAUUUCAACUGAAGAAUCAAAAGCUAAUUCCAGUUUUAGUGAAGACAGCGAUGAUGAAUUUCUUGAGAAGGCAACUAAAGAAAAUGGAAAGAGAGGAAAGAUGCUAAGUGCUCAAAGUGAACAAGCAAAGACAACUUCCAAAUUGAAAACAAGCUCUGUGGUUCAAGCAAAACCUCAGCCAACUUUGAAAAGAGACCCAAGAUCUUCAGAGCCAAUGGGAAAGCCUUUAAAAACAUCAAGCCCCACAGCACCCAAGAGGCCCAGCUGGAAACCACCAGCUGCAUCAGGAAGAAGUAAUAACCCACUGGGAGGAGUCCUUGUGAAAUCACCCACUCAGAGUCUCAGACUUGGCCUUUCCAGAUUGGCAAGAGUGAAGCCCCUGCACCCCAGCGUUACCAGUAUCUGAAUCGCCCUGUGAUGACUUUAGAGGUUGCAAACUCAGAUUUUAAAGAAUUGGUGGAGGUGGGGAACAUUCCUAAUUUUAUAAAACAAGAAAUUGGAAAACCCAUGGACCACAGACUGAUAAUUCAAGGCCAGAAGAAGUAUUUGUAAAGGUUUCGUAAGAUGUAAAGUGACGACAACAAUUAGAACCUUGUGUGAUCUUGCAUUUGUGAUCGCUCCUUAACAACUGAAAUUUUUACAUUGUUGACCCAUUCACUCAUUGUUAUGAGUGGGUGGCAGACAAUUGUGGUCUGUGGAAGUCACUGAGCCACCACCACCAGGCUGGGCCAGAUUCCUCAAGACCUGCAAUAUCUGUCAACAGAUCUACGGGUUGGAUCCAGAGUGGAGCUUCGCAGAUGGAACUGAACUUUCCUGUCCCCCAGAAUUCUGUUCUUGGGCAACAGUUGAUCCUCAAGAAGUAUUGGUGGUAAAAGUGUGGAUCUACAGCUGGGACAGUAUUGCUAAAAAAUCACCCCGUCUGUUGACAGAAUGGCCUUCCACCAGUUGAAGACAAUCUUCGGGUGUAGUUCAUGAUUUUUCAACAUUGCAGGGGCUCAGUACACACAAAGAAGCUUAUUUGGAUAUCUUGGUAUUUAAGUAAAGGCCAGCUUCCAAUCACAAUCUGGUAUUUUCUUCAUGCCACUGGAGUUCAUUCUACUAAAUCUGUUCUGCUUGAUUCAACUCAGCAAGCAUUACUCCUGCUCAGAUCUUGGCAAGAACUAUUGACACGUCUGCCUUUACGUAUUCAUUGAUGGAUGUGUGUGUCACUGACUUUUAUAAAAUAAAUGUUUUUUUUUUAAAUAGCACAAAGCUUAGCUGCUUCCUUCAGUUCUAAGGCUUUUGUUUUUCAUAGAAUUCAACACUGAGCCCUAAAAGUAAACUGGUUCAGGUUACAGUUGGGUCUCUGGGAAAAGUACCCAAACUGGCCCAUGUAAAACAAACUCAGGAGCUAUUUAGAACAACCAAAACGUUAUUACUGCUGUGGUCUUUUGUCAUUUUUUAAAAGUGAGGGAAGUGGGUGUUCCAUUAAAGGUUAAGUGAGAUCAGCUUCCCAGCACCACUCCUUGCCCAAGUUCAUGAAGUUCAAAGCCAUUCCAAAGGGUUCAGAAACUUGGGUGGAUACCUGGAAAGGUGGAGGGCGCACAGCUGUCUUUCACAGAGUAGUUCUGCUGGGACCCUUGACGGAAGGAUUGGUCAUCAGCAUCAACUAUAGGUGAUUCUCCUCCAUCCUUGCAUGUAGGCCUGUCUGACUUAGGGUGAACUCAUAGGGUUUUCAAGGCAAGAGAUGGAGCAAAAGUGGUUUUGCAACUGCCUGUCUUUGUAACCAUCCUGGAUGGCCUGGGUGGUCUUCCAUUCAAGCAUGAACCUGGCGUGACCCUGUUUCGCUUCUGAGAUCCGAUGAGAUCAAACAAUCAGCCUGGGAUUGUUAGGGCCGAUUCCUCAGCCCUGUAUGUGUGUGAAGUGCUGUCAAUUCACAUUUGACCAAUGGCAACCCUGUGAAUCAAUGACCUCCGAAAGGUCCUAUUGCUAGCAGCCUUGCUCAGGUCUUGCAGACUGAGCCUUCUAUUUCUGUGAAGCCAUUGAUAUCAGAGCUAGAGCUGAUGCAUCCUUUGCAAGGGCAGUGCUCAGUGCUCUCUUGAACGCAUGGACUGAUCUUAGAGCGGGUUAGAUCACUGGUAUAUCACAGUCAGUUUUGUCCAUUCUAACUGGUUGCAGAUGCUCCAUUGCUGUUGCAUUGUGCCUUUAGUUGAGGCUGCUGUUGAAUCUGGAAUCUUGAACAGGUGCAGAAUGUAUCCGCUAGAUGACUGACUGGGAUGAAAUGUUAGGAAUGCUUAUUAAAACCUUGAAUUCCCACUAAUGGUACACGUGGUAGACCUAGGUCCUAGAAGAUGAAAAUUGCUGAGGGUUAGCGAUUGAGGAUCACUUUGUCAAAGGCUUCAUUGCAUCGAUUUUGUCCAGUUGAUUCACAUACUCUUCGUUUCAUCGAAGCUGCAUAUGGUGCCCGUAUAGGUUUGCCACCCACCAAAUGGAGAUGGAGUUCUCCUAGAAUUGCAGCUGAUCUCCCAACAACAGAGUUCAGUUACCCCAAAGGAAAUGACAGUUUUGGAAGGCAGACUCUAUGGCAGUGGUGGCGAACCUAUGGCACGCAUGCCAGACGGGGCACUCUUUGUGGGCACUCGGCAGUGACAUAGCGGCAAGGGGGCGGCGAUGCACCAGGAGGUGUUCAGGGCGGGGCGGAUGGGGGCAUGGCAGGGGCACAGGGCGCAUUCAUGUCCCUCUCAGUUCCCCCUCACUCUGUCCCUGGUACUUGGUCUCUAAAAGGUUCGCCAUCACUGCUCUAUGGCAUAUCCCUGGCAACCCUGCCUUCCCCAGUAAUUUCUCAACCUAGAGUUGGCAACCCUAUGCCCAGAGUGCCAUGGUGCACCCCUUCACCUUUCCUGGGCACUCCAGCCAAGUGCUUGUUUUUUAAGUGGAUGGGGCUUUUGCUUGGGGGCGGGGGGGCUAUGACUGUCAUUUUGGAGAUCAGGCUGGUUGUGCAAACUUUUAAAUACAUUGCUUUGGAUUUUCACUGAUUGUGUGUUGCAGAAUAAACAAAUAAAAGGCA